AUGCUUUUCACCAAGGCUGUUUCCGGCCUCGCCAUCCUCGCGGGCCUCGUUGCCGCUCACCCGGGGCACGAUGCUAGCAAGGAGGCUGCCGAGCGCCGGGCCUACCUGCAGAACGCCAAGCGCACCUCCCUCGCCCACUGCGCCGACAAGCUGAGGGCCCGCGGCACCGAGUCUCGCAACAUCGUCCGGCGCAAGGCCGUCGUCGAGAAGGCCCGCCAGAAGCGCGGCCUCACCAAGCGCGACUUUAGCGACGUCCUGGGCACCGACCACAACAAGACCACCCUGGGCUACACCCCCAACACCGACGCCGCCACCCUGUUUGCCGGCUACAACUCGUGCCUCCUGACGCCCGAGGUCACCCAGGGACCGUACUACGUCGCCGGCGAGUACGUCCGCGAGAACGUGGUUGAGGACCAGCCCGGCUUGCCCCUCCUCCUCGAGUACCAGGUCGUCGACGUGGCGACGUGCGAGCCGGUGCCGGAGGUGUACGUCGAGAUCUGGCACUGCAACGCCACGGGCGUGUACGGCGGCGUGGUGGCGAGCGGCAACGGCGACUCGUCGGACGCGAGCAACCUCGACAACACGUUCCUGCGCGGUAUCCAGCCGACCGACGCCGAGGGCGUGGCCCAGUUCGAGUCCGUCUUCCCGGGCCACUACACCGGCCGGGCGACGCACAUCCACAUCAUGGUGCACACCAACGCGACCCUGCAGGCCAACCAGACGCUCGGCCUCGACAACUACGCCAGCCACGUCGGCCAGGCCUUCUUCGACCAGGCGCUGAUCACGGCCGUGGAGAAGCUGGAGCCGUACGCGUCCAACCAGCAGCCGCUGACCACCAACGAGGAGGACAGCAUCAUGGCCGAGGAGUCCGCCACCGACGGCGUCGACCCCGUCAUGGAGUACACUCUGCUCGGCGACAACCUCUCCGACGGUCUGUUCGCCUGGAUCGCCUUCGGCAUCGACACGACCCGCUCCGAGGCCAUCAGCCCGGCCGUCUACCUUGAGGAGGGCGGCGGCAGGGCCAACCCCGACGCUGGCGGUCCCGGCGGUCCCGGCGGUUCUUUCCCGACUGGCAGCUUCCCUACCGGCGGCUUCCCCGUCCCCACUGGCAACGUCGGCCGUGGCAUCGGCCGCCGCGCACGGCACUAA